GAGGUCGGGAGGUCGGGCGGGUGGGUGUGCAUCGAGGAAGGGUUGGAAUCCGGUAGCCGGUAAGGAGAUAUCGGAAUAGGAGGAGAAACAUCGGAAGCACGAUGUUGACGUUAAAAGCGAUGUUCUGGAUGUCGGUAUGGUGGUGGAUGAUGGGGAUUGGCGAUGGGAACAUCAAUCGCCACGAGGAUAUCUGCGCGGUCCAAAACGGUCGCCGAUCGUAUCUGGAGCUGGGCGAGAAGGGUAUCUUAUACGCGAAGAACGUCUCGUUCGCGAAGAACGAGCCGAGGCAAGAGGGUUCGCGGGUAUAUACGAGCAACAGCUCCCACGCUCAGUGCAACCUCGAGCUUGUGACAUGUCCAUCUUGCGUAAUAAUUAUCACCUUCCAAAGUAUCGCGUUGUCACAUCAUUGCGGCGACGGCAGCGUGACGAUGGAUAGCCCGUGCAGAUGCGAUUACGUUUGGAUCUCCGAGCCACCGUACGAGGACGUGUCCGGAACUCCGUUCUGCGGCCUGUACGCGCCCAUCACGUACAGGUCCAGCACGAGAACCUUGUCGAUCACGCUGCUCUACAGCCAGUCGCAUAAGCAUGCGUUCACGCUCGAGUACACGGCCGAGAGAAAUAGAUUGCACUUGAGGGGUACCGAAUUGACAGCGACUGGUCAAGCAGCGAAGGGACUGAACAACACCGGUGGUGGAAUUCUAGCGUCUCCCUUCUUCCCGGCUCGCUACCCUCGCGAUUUGGGCUUGGAAUACGUGGUGACGUGCCCCAGUGAAGCUCCAUCCUGUCGCAUCAGGCUGUUAUUCAGUGAUUUUCAGCUGGCGACUGUAUCGAUAAUGGAGUUCUACGAUUGGAACGGGCAACGGUUGGACGUGAGCAGCGGCGCGAGAUUUCGACCACCCGUGAUAAUGAGUUCCGGUCCGUCGUUGCUGAUACGAUUUUACGCGAACGGCGGUACCGGAUUGGGCUACAAGGCGUUCUACUCGUUCGUGAUCGGCCAUCCUUUGGACAAGACCGUGAAACCGAUAACCGACUGCGGUGGCUACGUGGAAAACCUUGGCGGAGCUAUUACCAUGAUAGACAUGGUCGGCGAAGGGGUAAAAACUUACGAUUGCGUCUGGUUGAUCAGACCCCCGAAGAAUUUUCUACACAUGAAGACGCAUAUGUACCUAAAAGUGGUCACGUUCGAGGACAUGGCCGGCAAUACCGAACUAGUCGUGAAACAAGGACCCACCUCGGCUCUUCUGCCGCUCGAGAUUCUCAGACAUCCAGCGAGUCAAGUGCAACCACCGCGGCACCGGGAACACCUCGCCCCUGUCACCAGCGGUUUUCACGUCAGUCUUCGUGGAACAUUCGGCCCGUCUUCGCAUCUCGCGAUCUCCUAUGCAGCCUUCAGCUAUAUGGAUUGCUUCGCGGGCUCGGACUUUCUCUGUCGAAACCAUAGAUGCAUACCUACUCAACUGAAUUGCGACGGGUUCGACCACUGCGGAGACAACAGCGACGAACCGGCGACCUGCUUUCGAGAUUGGGAAGUGGAGCCUCAAGAUCGAAAGUGGCACAUGAACAAGGCGAAUUACUACUUUCCGAAGAUCGACCGAUAUCCGGACCUGAAGACGGCUACUCUGGUAUUCGUCGCGAGCAGCCUCGGUUUGAUCAUUUUGAUAUCCGCGUUGAUCAUUCUGCUGUACAGAAUGGGAGCUAGAGCGAGGCAGCAAAGGGAAUUGCAAUCGAGGUUGCAAACGAUCAGCGAACUUUUAGUGUUCGACAUUGCAGACGGAGCGCGAAUCGACGAGAUCUCGGUGUCGGAUGACCCACCGAUGUACGAGGCACCGCCUGGCUACGACGAAGUGAUCAAACUCGGAUUCGAUUCGGAGAUCGUGUCACGGAAAAAGAGAAGAUCGUUUGGGCGAGAAUCGCGCGGUAGAAGCUCCCCUGGUCAAAGUUGCUCACUGGACGCUGGUCGAUCCUCCGUUUGUUCCAUCACCGAGACGGCAGGUACCAGUCACGCUUCGUCGAGUCCUAGUCAGGAGCCGAAGAGUCGAGCUCUACGACUGCCCGAGAGUCCACCGCCACCGUACGUCACUCCUCCAGGAUCGAUAUCGCGACAUUUCAACAUAUCCGGAUUAACGAUCGUCUCGAGCGCGCGCGUACGAGAGGACGAAGACGAGGGAACGUCACAUGAACCGACCGAAUCGCGUCGAGUGAGUGGACAAUUCUCGUUGUACCUGUCCGGAAACAGCGAGCAUCCGGACUCGAUGACCGAGGAGAAUCUGGAGGGAGCCUCGAUCUCGAUCGAUGCCGAAAUUUUUGGUGCGUAUCCACGGACUCGGAGCGCUUCGAAUUCGAUUCGAAGACUCGACACGUCCUGUGAUUCGCAGCGGAAAAUCUCGAGCGCUGCUUCGACCGGCACGGAGGCGGAGCGUGGACAGCGAAGAGAAGACGCGGGCGAAAGAAUCGGAGCCGGGGAACGAUCCGAGACGAUGAUCGACGGGAACGAGGUCGGGGACGAGGAACGAAACGGGGAAUUGGUGGAGGAACCACGAAUCGAUACACAGGCAACAACCGUGGACUGCGUCGGAGAUAACGCGAGAUCGAACGAUGCAUCGGUAUCCUCCGGAUGUUCGUGCGAGGGUGCCUGCGGUUGCGCCACUAUCCGGAGGUCAUCGUCGUUGAAAGAGCGAGCCGUCAACCGCCUUUGGCCGGUCCGUCGCAUUUCCGCGGACACGGAGCAACGAUUCGUAGAUAGCAUCGAUAAACCAGGCAGAGAUGCGGGGAAAGAGGAACCGGAAGAAAUAGAGGAAGAGAACGAAACGGGCAAGGAAGGGACGGAGAAGGAGGAAACGGAAGAGGAAGAGGCGGGAGAGGUGGAAGGAUGCUCGGAACGAUCGAAAAGUACAGUGGUGAAACUGCUUGGAGCGCGUGCUGGAAAAUGGCAAAUCGGUAGCGGUGAAUCUACCGUUGCGUCUACGACCACGUCGUCCACUCCGUGCAGCACGUUCCGAAGAUCCGUGAGGAAAUUUUCAGUCUGUCCGCGCGACGGCUAUUUCGGCAGAGCGUCCGUGAUCAGAUCUAUCAGUAGCUACGAAAAGUUGAGCAACGGCGAGUUCGAAGGAUCGCGCAAGACCUUGCACGCCUCCGACCCCGUCUCGAUCGGCCCCUACGACGAACGACUAGCUUACCGACGAUAUUCUAGCUGCGACGUGGAAACUCUUUACGAGGGGAUCAAGAUUUUGGACGGAUUCUUAGCUCGCAGAGGUCUGACGGUCUCGCAUUCUCGCAAACAAUCGGUGACGGUGAUGCUGUUCGGCACCCCGGAGCACGGAGUUAUUCGUCGUCGUCCCAUCGGCGACGAGGGAACGAUACGCGAAAUUGGCCGGGUUUCUCGAUUCAACUUGGACGCUUUAACCAAUUGAUCGAGACACCGUCUCU